AUGCUAGAAACAGUUCUUUCAUCGGGAAUCCACAUUCUGCACUCGACGACGGUUAAUGAUGAGGGUAACCUUCUGAAACCACAUCUUCCUAGACUGUGCCAGCAAUCAGAAGCGCUAUAUCUCAUUUGUAUCACGCUACAAGCUUCAUUGACCGCGGAUCUGGAGCCGCGCUUUUUCGAGUACUUUGACGCCGCUUUGAAUAAAUUCCGCAACGAGCUUGCCGGAAGCGAAACGUACCUGGAAGAUGGCACCCUGACUGCUGGUUUACUCUUAUGCAGCAUCGGAGUAAUGCAUGGCAUUCCGUGGACAAUGCAUCUACGAGGGAUGCACGGCAUCCUUCGUUUGGACGGCGUUGACAAUGCGCGGGAUGCAAAGACACCGUUUCGUACGCAUCUUUUUGAGGUCAUGGGGAUCAUGGAUCUUCCUACUUUUGCUAUUGGCCGCCAGCACCCGCAUCUAGGUUUCUGGAGGCGGCAUUGUCGGAACCGGGACUCCCCUGGAGGAUCAUCUGGACGGGAUGAAGUUGAGGUCGUGAGCGGCUUGCCAAAAUCCUUGGUCGACAUCUUCUCCUGCAUUGGCGAGGGUGGUGCGACAGAGGAAGACUUUUGGGACUGGCCUGGUGCCCAAGGAAACUUUCUCCAAUGCCAGCUAUGGGAAGCAUAUCGAUUAGCGGGUAUGCUGGCCCUCCGCCAUGAACAAUUACACUUACCAUUGAGCUCCGGAGAGAGGAGAUUACAGCCCCCGAAUGGGAGAGAGCAACGGCACCGGAUACUUCCUUCAACUGCCGUCAUUGUUUCGCGAAUACUCAGCUGCGUUGACGCUAUUCACCGUGCAUCAGAAGAACCGGAAGGAAGGGACACGUUGAUCAUGAAUGCCGUUCUCUACCCGAUUUUCAUCACCGGUCUACAGACUGACGUCCUGAAUGAGGAUCCAGCAUUGAAGCAAUGUGUACGAAGCCAUUUACUUCUGAACUCGAAUGGGCCUGUUUGGAGGAAGCAGUGCCAGCUUGAGUUGGAACUGCUCGAAGAGUACUGGCGUUACAGCAGCGGAACAGUCAGCAUCCACCAACUUGCACAGGCACGAGAAAUAGAGCUGGGACUUUUCUGA